GCUAUUUUUUAUGUUCGUAUGAUAGACCAAUUUUCAUUGUUUAAGUACGAAAUAAUUAUAUUGCAAAUGUUCCUGUUGGACAUGCAUUUUCCAGGAAUUUUUGGAUUGUAAACAGAAGAUGUCACGUGUGGCAGUUUUGAAUUUUUGUAAGACGUCCCAGACCAGUACAUGAGAGUUUAAGAUGCAAAAUAUUGAGCAAAAACUAGAAUCUACCUUUGGCAAGAAGGCAGACUUGGAGACCAGACUUCAGUCUGCCUGCUCUGGUGUUCUGACACAGAAGAUAGAUUUCCAGGAGUCUUCCAAGCCCCAUUCAUCUGUGAGUGAUAUGCUGAAAGGCAAAUAUGUAAACCUUGCUCCAGCUGCAUCGUCUUCACAGAAAAGCCCAACAAGUUCCACUACAGCAAACAAUGAUGGUGAAGGUCUGCCACAUCCGAAGCAGAUCCUGUUCAAGGAACCUCUGGACUUUGUAUGGAGGCACCCCGCGAGUGGAACUGGUUUGCACAACUGUGGUAACACCUGCUUCCUGAAUGCUACAUUGCAGAUUCUGAUUCACACACCACCACUUACAAAUUACAUGACUAGUGGACACCACACCUCUAUCUGUCGUUUGAGUCAUGAGAAGUGUAUCUUGUGCAAUCUGCAACGUCUGACAAGGCUGUCCUUGAAUGCAGGAGAAAGCCUUUCCCCAAAAUGGUUCACUAACAACCUUCAGUGGAUCAUGAAAGAUAGUCCAAUGCAUGCAUAUUUAACAGAUAUUGGUCGCCAUUUCCGAAGUGGCCGCCAGGAGGAUGCUCACGAAUUCUUGCGCCUCAGUCUGGAAAAAAUGCAGAAGUGUGCUCUUGUUGGCUGUAAUAACCUGGACAAAUACAGCAAAGAGACUACUGUCAUUAACCAGAUAUUUGGUGGAUACCUUAGAUCUCAAGUGCUUUGUUGCCGCUGUGGUCAUAGAUCAAAUACAUAUGACCCACUUUUAGACAUCUCUCUAGACAUCAAGUCUGUAGACAGCAUUGAGAGAGCAUUUCAUCAGUUUGUAGCUGCAGAAAAACUGGAACAUGAGAAUGCAUACAAGUGUGAGAGAUGUAAGCAGAAGGUCACAGCAUUCAAAAGGUUCACCAUCCACAAGCCACCAAAUGUCCUUACCAUACAGCUCAAAAGGUUUCAAUUUGGCUCAUCUGGAAGUUUCUUUGGGAACAAAAUCCUCAAAGCGGUGCGCUACCCUCUCACCCUAAAUGUUCGUCCUUUCAUGUCAGAGAAAAAUGGCCCACCAAUGACAUAUACAUUGUUUGGCUCGAUACAACAUGAAGGAAUGUCAUGCAGCUCAGGGCAUUAUGUUGCAAACGUUCGCUGUGGAACUAGAUGGUACCACUUCAACGACUCUAGUCGAUAUAUCCGAAGUGGGCAGCACUGUGUAAAUGAGAACUCUGCCUACAUUCUGUUCUACAUAAAGGACAAUGGUCCUACUCCACAGAUAGGGCCUUCUGUUAGAGCUCAUAAUGGCCAGAACACAGUACCUGGUAUUAGGGCUGAGAAUGAGAAGAAAAUCAAACCUCAGACAAAUGGAUUUGGAUAUUCACCAACAAUUAUCAAGACUUCUGCAAAUAACCACCAGCAAAGAUCUGGACAACAACCAAAGAUUGCAACCAAUACAAAUGAAGCCAGGAACCAGAAAUUGACUGGACAGCAGAGUCACAGAAUGAACACUGUGCCAAGCAAUGAAAUUGGCAAGACUGUCAAGUCACCAUUUGUGCCUUUGUCCGCUGACCGGGAUAAGGUUAAGUUCAAUAUUGGGGAGAAGAAGAUGCAAGAAAACCACAAGACCCCAGAAAAGUCAAUGUCUGAGAAACCAAAGGUUCCAGAGAGGUUGUCUGAGACCCCAAAGAUGCCUGCACCAAAACCUGUCUCUUCUUCAAAAAUCAUGACUCCAGUCAAAUCUGAGGUGCCUGUGACUGGAAGAUUGGUGGUAAAGAUAGCAGAUGGCAAAUCUGUUACUUACGAGACAUCUCCAGAUGGCGAGAGACGAAUCAUUUCUGAUGAUGAUGAAGUUGUUGCCAAGAUGAACAGAAGACAGCGCAAGAAGCUGAAGAAGAAGCAUAGAAUAGUGCCGUAUGGAACAGACUCUGAUAGUGACUGGAGUUCCAGCAGCUCAUCUCCAAACCACAGUGCUGGAAGCAGCUCAAAAACCAACCACAAAGAGAAUGGCCAUCAGAAAACUUGUUUGGUGUUUGAUGGAGCCUUAAACACAACCACCUCAGUUCCUGGAAAUGCUCACUUAUUUAGCACCAUCACCAUGAAAGAUAAGGUCAGCCACACCAGUCCUCAACAUGUAGAUAGACCAAAAGACCUGAAAAUGUUCUCACCAAAGAAUGGCCACCAGUCCUCCGCUUUAAAGAGACAAUUCAGUGAAACCCUGUCCUGUGAUACUGCACAGACACCUGCAAAGCACUCGGGUAUGGGCGAGUGGCACACUAGUAUAGAGUCCAUGCAGAGUCCAUCAAUUGGUUCAAAUCAUAGUCACAGCUCUGUACACAGCAGUGGCUCUACUCAUGACUGGUCAGUAUUGAAGAACAAGGAUAAGUUGUCUAAUGGUUGUUCAGAGAGGAAACACGACGGCUGGACUGUCACACCAGGGAAGAAAGAUAGUGCUCAUAGGACUGUUUCAGAAGAAAAUAUACGAAAUGGUAGUGCUGCAAGAUUGGAUAUAAAUAGUGCUUCAAGCCCAUUUGAAGACAUCAGUGACCGAGUCUACUUGAUAAAACCAGAAAAGUCAAAAGAUGAGAAUUCUGUGGAACACAGGAAGUUAAAGAAGCAUAAGAAACACAAGAAGAGAAAGCACCAUGAAAGAGAGCACAACUACGCUGAAGUGUGUGACGACUCUAUCAGCAGGUCUCAUAAAAAGAAGAAAAAGAAGAAGCAUAAGCACAAGGACCGCGACGAGGACAGAGAGGAAAGAAAACACAAGAAACAUGAAAGGGAGAAAGAUGAGGUAGAGAGACAGAGGGAUAGAAGUACUGAUGACGAAGAGAGACAACAUAAGAAGAAGGAUGAUAGAGAGAUUGAAGAGGGAUACAGGCAAAAAUACAGAGAGUAUGAGAGGGAUGAUAAACACCACAAACGCAAACACGGAAGAGAAGCAAGCGAGAAAUCACAUAAAAAAAGUAGACAUGAUUCAGGGUCUUCCCCAGAAUUUGUGUGGGUAGAGAAAACAGUUCCUGUACAGGGAUCAGUUUCAGAGCCAGUUACUCCAAGUCAUAGAUGGGAUUAUCAUGUGAAAGAUGGUUACAAGAGGCUCUCGUCCAGUGGUACAUCAACCCCGACAAUAUCAAGUAGUUGGGAUGGUCUGAAGGCCUCCAAGGUUGCCCAGGAACUAGAAAAGGUCUCUUCAUACAGUUAUGGUGCUCCUGUUACAGGAUGGGAUGGUAGUAGAUCCCAGAUGGAUGUAGAAAAAGAUAGAGAAUAUACCAGCCAUAAGAGAAAAGAUUCUGAUGACGAGUAUGAUGAUGAAUAUGACACGGGCAAGGUAACAUCUUACGUCAGUAAAUUUGCAAAAUCUCAUCAGGAGAAAGUAUGUUUUUGGGCUUUGCAAAUUAUGUAUACAGAUGUUAACCUGUUUGUAAAACUGCAAAUGCCAAUCUACCAGGUAAAGAAAGUAAAACACAAGCACCAUAGUGAACAUCGCUCUAAUGGUAACAUGUUCCAGCUGAAACAAGAUCAGACUAACAGAUCGAAAAUCAAUUGGUCAUCUUUAAAGAUUGGAGAAAACAACCCAUUUAACAAACAACCAGACAGACCUCAAAAUCAUCCAAGAUAGAUGCAAUUCUCAAACCAUUUAUUUAUGCAUUUUUUAUUAUUUAUGUAUAGAAAUCAUGUUAAUAUUUGAAGAAGUGUGAACAUUUAAAAGUAGAUAAAAUGGAAUAUUUUUAUUUUUUAUUUGUUAAGAAUAUAGCUGCUCAUGAUUAAAAUAGUAUUAAGUUGAAUAAAUGUGUUAGUUUCUCUUCAUUUGUUAUGUUGAACUUUUGUUGAGUUUUAUGUUGAAGUUUUUGUUGGCAGCAAAUUGUAUCAUUUACAUGUAAUACCCAUACCUGCCUUGAUAGAAAUAUGUGUGUCUUUGUAUUGUGUGCAGGCUUAAGUGAUAUUUGUCUCUGGCUGAAGUGCUAUGGUUUAUGUUGUAACAUUGAGAAUUACAGUGUUUCAGCAGUCUUUGUUAAGGUUUAUGUAAGGUGUUCUCUUAACUCUUUGUCAACUGAAAUUUAAUUUUGGAAUUUUAUACUUUAUAUACUAUGGUUUUCUAUGAUAUAUAUGUAAACGAAAUUGUACAGGCCAAGUAGGAGGUGAUGCUGUGUUUGGAAACUUCUCAUUUUCAUAUACUUUACCACUAUUUCAUAAAGGCAAAACACUUUUUAUGCCCCCAGCAUCUACUGAUGCGGGAGGCAUAUAGUGAUUGUCCUGUUCGUUCAUCCGUCUGUACGAGGUUAACCGAGUGGGACUGUUUCAUCUAGCAUCAAUACCCCUUAUUAGAAUGACUUGAUACUAAUGCAGAUGUAACCUGUGACCAUUCCUCAUCUUCAAACAUCACCUGACCUCAGUUUGACCUUGACCUCAUUUUGGACUUAGGUUGCUUUGUGUGGGCCAUCUCUUGGUUAACCAAAUGGGACCGUUUCCUCUAACAUCAAUACCCCUUACUAGAAUGACUUGAUACUAGUGCAGAUUUAACCUGUGACCAUUCCUCAUCUUCAAACAUCACCUGACCUCAGUUUGACCUUGACCUCAUUUUGGACUUUGGUUGCUUUGUAUCGACAAGGAUGCCACCGGGGGCAUCAAGCAUUUAUUGAACGCAGCUUCUUGUUUAUAUCAAGUUCUUGUUACAAUUGUGUAUCUAACAUACUUUUGUUGAUGGUAGGAAUGUGAAGUAUUACUGUUUAAGUAAUGUAUUAUGAUUGGGCUAUAGAAAGAUUGCUUCUAGGUUUGGUACAACCUGUUCCUAUUCACAUAUGCAUAGGAUGUAAAAUGCACGAAAUGAAAUAUUUUUAACCAUAAUAUCGGUCAGUACACCUAGCUAUUGCUUGAAAACAGCUGUCAAGUUUUGGAGAUUUCCAUAGGUCCAUUUUAUUAGCUAUUUGCAUAAAUACUGUACUAAUUGAUCAAUCUUAUGAUGUAAUUUCACUGUAAAUAUGUACUUGUAGCAUUUUUUCAGAACGUAAAGCAUGAUUCUUGUAAAGAACAUAGAAAAUGGUCCGCUUUAUUUUGACUUGGUGUGUAUGUUAUGUAGAGUCUGCAAAAUGGCAGUGUUGUUUUCAGACAAAAAAAACCGAUUAUAUAAGGAAGUCUCAUUGCAAGUUAUUUUUGCUGCAUCUAUAUUAUUGUCAGAGAAAAUUGUGGCGUGUAAUAUUUGAUAAUCUUGUACUUAACUUUUAUGUAGCAUACCAUGCUAUAGUUUUUAUCAGAUAGACAAAUAGAAACCAAUUUUUUAGUCCUGUUUGAUGCGGUAUAACUAUUAUGAUACAUUGCGAUACAAAAUUUAUGAUAAUACCCAUUUGGUGGUUCCAGCCCGCCCGCUUAGCUCAGUAGGUAGAGCGUCGGUCUACGGAUCGCAGGGUCGUGAGUUCGAUCCUCGGGCGGGGCGUAUGUUCUCCGUGACUAUUUGAUAAACGACAUUGUGUCUGAAAUCAUUAGUCCUACACCUCUGAUUCAUGUGGGGAAGUUGGCAGUUACUUGCGGAGAACAGGUUUGUACUGGUACAGAGUCCAGGAACACUGGUUAGGUUAACUGCCCGCCGUUACAUGACUGAAAUACUGUUGAAAAACGGCGUUAAACCCAAAACAAACAAACAAACAUUUGGUGGUUCCAGCUUUCAAAAAGGGUCAGUAGUUGGUAUAUAGGAGACAAACUAUAUGAUUCUAAACACAGCAACUUCUGUAGAAAGCCUAAUGCUUGUUCUGCACAAUGUUAUUUAUUAUUACCUCCCUCAGCAUAGCUAUUCUUUGGGCUUCAAUAUUUAUAUACAGGAUCUAUAGUUAUGUCUCCUACAUAUAGUGUGGCAGAUAUAUUGAUUUAGUACUGUCAGUCUGUAACAAAGUUUGUCCAUGCAACUCCUCUGACACCACUGGACAGAUUCACAAUAGCAGGGUUGCCAUUUACCUUGAAAACUCGGAAAAAUUAUUUCUUUUUCAAGGUCAGUGAAUUGUCAGGGAAAUCUUGAUAAUGGUCAGUGAAAAAUGAAAUUUUGGAAAAGUCUGGGGAAAAAUGAAAUUCUGGGUCAAUGUUUUCAAUGUUCAGUGGCUAUGGCAGUAUUUAUACGUAUAUCCAAACACAUUUUGGUUUAAUUGUGUAUAAACAUGAUUUAAAUGUGAAUCAAUUUGAUUUUUAUGUUAACUUUGAAAUUUUGGUAAUUUUUAUGCCCCCCUUCGAAGAAGGUGGGUUAUAUUGUUUUGCAGAUGUCAGUUGGUCUGCAGACCAGUUUGUUUCCGGAUGAUAACUCAAGAACGCUUGGGCCCAGGGUCAUGAAAGUUGAUAGGGAGGUUGGUCAUGACCAGCAAAUGACCCCUAUUGAUUUUGAGGUCAGUUGGUCAAGGUCACAGUGACCUGGAACAGUUAAACAGUUUCUUUAUGAUAACUCGGGAACACUUGGGCCUAGGAUCAUGAAAGUUGAUAGGGAGGUUGAUCAUGACCAGCAGAUGACCCCUAUUCAUUUAGUAGGUCAAGGUCACAGUGAUCCUGAACAGUUAAACGGUUUCCAGAUGAUAACUCAAGAAAGCUUGGACCUAGGAUUAUGAAAGUUGAUAGGGAGGAUGGUCAUGACCAGCAUAAUUAUGACCCCUAUUGAUUUUGAGGUCAGUAGGUCAAAGGUCAAAUUGUGGAUUGGAUGGUUGUAGGGGAGGAGGAGUCAAAAAAAAAUAUGGUGGUAUUAGUCAGUGAAAAGUAUGGUUUAGUCGGGGAAUUUCAUUUUCUCAACUAAGUGGCAACCCUGAAUAGGGCGGAUUUCUACCAAACCUUACAGGAGUGAUCAGUACCAAGUCUUAUUUUGCAUAUUAUUGAUAUGUUCCAUUUCAAUAAUUUUCAGGGAAUUAAUGACCUUUUAUUUGUCAGAUUAAAUGAUAUUUUGGCAACUUCUCUCACACCAUUGGGCAGAUUUCCAUUAAACCUUACAGGAGUUAUCAGUGUCAAGGUUAUACAUAUUGGCAUGUUCCUGUUCAGUGAUUUUCAGCAGAUUAUUGUCCUUGGUUUGUUAUAUUUUACAGUGUUUACACUACUUGCUGCAUACAAUUAGGUUCAGUUUCAUCAGACCUCACAAGUGAUUAGUGUAAAGCAUAGUUAUGCAUAUUAUCGUCGUGUUUCGAUAAAAUGAUUUUCAGCGGAGUCAUGUCCCUGAUUUGUCAAAUUUUUUUUUAUCUGUGCUAAUACUGGGACACAACUGGUUGUAAUUUUACCAAACUUCACAAGAGUCAUCACUGCCAAGCCUAGUUGUGUGUAUCAUUAAAAUGUUAUGGUUCAAUGAUUUUCCCAGGAGUUCCGGGUCUUAAUUUGUGGCAUUUAACGAUUUCUGUAUGGUAAGUGGUUGGAGACGUGUUUUUCAUGAAAAACAGCCUCUAGUUCCAGUAUAACAUGAAGAAUAAAAGUUAAAAGUAUACUUUUGGAGAGUUAAACAAACACCUUGAUAUCCAAUGGAGUAUAUUUUGGGCUUUAUUUAGGUCAGAAUGGUAGUUAACAAAAAAAACUGUAUGGAAAAACACUAUUUUUAAGGAUAUAUUGUAGAUUUCAUUGAUAACCUUUAAAGGUUUGAAAAUUGUUUGAUAAGGUGCAGGGCCAGUCCUUGUAGAUGUUAUUAUGUGAAAGUAGUACUGGUAUUGAUGAUAAACUUGGACAGAUGAAAAAGUCGACCACCUUUGAAUUAUUUAAUUGCAAUCCGUUAUUUAUAUAAUUGAACACGCCGUCUAAUAGCAACCACUUACAACACCAACUGGUGUAAACAAAAACAAAAUUGGUAAAUAUUCUGUAUUAAUAAAUGCCUUAUAUUUAUCUGUUUUAAAAAACAUUUAUCCAAAAUUACUGGGGAAGAGGAUGAUUUUUGCGCAUGCUCACGGAGACCUGACAUUGGGUCACUUUUCAUUACUUGAUUCAGAAUGACUGUUGCAGCAUUUUAAGGAAAGUUUCAAUAUAAUACUAUGGAGAAAAUUUUGUGAAUGACAAAGUGGUCGAAUUAUCAUCAAUCAACGUUCGUACAGUCCCCAUUUGUGAGUGCUUACUAAAUAUAAAUUUAAAUUAUGUCAUUGUUUCAGCAAAUGUUAAGCUUUAUUUUGAUACCAACCAUUGAUAACAGUUUGCAGAAAUAAAAAAGUUAAAGUAAAAAAACCUCUUUUUCUGUCCGAGUUUAUCAUCAGUACCAGUACAUGAAAUAAAAUGUGUUAUGAAAAUAACAAAAAUAAAAAAUGAUAAAGGUUUGAAGUUUGUCUGCGGUGAAGUAAGUUGAAAGAAAGGUGAAAUUCUUGAAUCUUUCUGUCAACUGUAUGUAUCGAACUACAGUUCAGCUAAUGUCGGGGACAUUUUUUGCUACAACAUUGUUGGCAACGGUAACUAGAAGCCUAAUUAUGAUUCUAGUGACAAUGAAAAAUGCAUUUUUAUCAUUCUAUAUUUAUCUCUAUUUUAUUACAAAAUAUUUAUUUCGAAAAAACUUUAAUUAUACUCCCAGAUACUAAGACUGUCCAUUGUGUCCUCGACACUGGGAAGAUUUUCAUAACACUAUAUCAGCUUUUAAUCUAAGAUAUGCAGAGCACACAACACAGAUCACUAGGUUCAAAGUCAAGGUUGCACUUUGUUUGCUCCAUAUUGUCUCAACUACUUCGGAGAUUUUCAUAAACCCUCACUGUCACAUCAGUUGUUUACCUCACCAAGACUAAUUGAAGUGUAGAGAUAGACCCUAACAUUUUCAAUGAUAGUAAUACAUUAAAUAAAGUCUAGAAAUUGAAAUAACCAAAAAUGAUUUCACAAAUGCGAAGUUUAUGAUAGUUUUGUUAAUAUCAAUAACAGAAAUUUUAAUUUUUAGCUCACCUGAGCACAAAGUGCUCAAAGGUGAGCUUUUGUGAUCACCCUAUGUCCGUCAUCCAUCUGUCAUCAACAAUUUGAUUGUUAACACUCUAAGAGGUCACAAUUUUGGCCCAAUCUUAAUGAAACUUGGUCAGAAUGUUACCCUCAAUAAAAUCUUGGAUGAGUUCGAUAUUGGGUCAUCUGGGGUCAAAAACUAGGUCACCAGGUCAAAUCAAAGGAAAAGCUUGUUAACACUCUAGAGGUCACAAUUUUGGCCCAAUCUUAAUGAAUCUAGGUCAGAAUGUUACCCUCAAUAAAAUCUUGGAUGAGUUCGAUAUUGGGUCAUCUAGGGUCAAAAACUAGGUCACCAGGUCAAAUCAAAGGAAAAGCUUGUUAACACUCUAGAGGUCACAAAAAGCCCAAUCUUAAUGAAAUUUGGUCAGAAUGUUACCCUCAAUAAAAUCUUGGACGAGUUCGAUAUUGGGUCAUCUGGGGUCAAAAACUAGGUCACCAGGUCAAAUUAAAGGAAAAGCUUGUUAACACUCUAGAGGUCACAAUUUUGGCCUAAUCUUAAUGAAACUCUGUCAGAAUGUUACCCUCAAUAAAAUCUUGGACAAGUUCGAUAUUGGGUCAUCUCGGGUCAUAAACUAGGUCACUAGGUCAAAUCAAAGGAAAAGCUUCUUAACACUGUAGAGGCAGCAUUUAUGAUGUAUCUUCAUGAAACUUGGUAAGAAUGUUAAUCUUGAUGAUCUCAAGGUCCAGUUUGAAUCUGGGUCAUUAAGGUCAAAAACUAGGUCACCAGGUCAAAUGAAAGGAAAAGCUGGUACACUGUAGAGGCCACAUUUAUGAUCAUAUCUUAAUGAAACAUGGUCAGAAUAUAAUCUUGACGAUCUAUAGCUCACGUUAAAAUCUGGGUCAGGUGGGGUCAAAAACUAGGUCACUAGGUCAGAUCAAAGGAAAAGCUUGUUAACACUCUAGAGGCCACAUUUAUGACUGUAUCUUCAUGAAACUUAGAAUGUUAAUCUUGAUGAUCUUUAGGUCAGGUUUGAAUCUGGGUCGUGUGGGGUCAAAAACUAGGUAACCAGGUCGAAUCAAAGGAAAAACUUGUUAACACUGAGGCCACAUUUCUGACCGUAUCUUAAUGAAACUUGGUCAGAAUGUUAAUCUUGAUGAUCUUUAGGUCAAUAGCUCAGGUGAGCGAUACAGGGUCUUCAUGGCCCUCUUGUUAAUUUAAAGUUGUGAUCCACAAAGAAUGACAACUCUUGCCUUGGGCUAGUAAUUAUAAGCAGAGAUAUCUAUUAGUUUACUUCCCUUGCAAUUACACAAUUGAAUGGAAAAUGAAAACUGUUUUAGACACAAUAUCAUACUUUUUUGCACAACAAAAACAUUUAGGAUUUAUUCAUUUGUGUUUGAUUUACCCCUCAAAACAGGGUUCCUAUGAUUCUGUCAAUUUACACAUGGUAAAAAAUUAACUUUUUACAAGCCAAUAAUAAAAUGAAGUACUAGUAAGUAACUAAUAGUGCAGAUAAUACAGUUUUGCUUGUAUCAAAAUGUCACAAUAGAAGCACUUUUGUAAUACAGAACACCUGGUAGGAUUAGUAAAGGUGCAAUUAUAUUGAUCUCUAUUUCCUAUGCCUACAGAGUGCACAACUUCGGUAACUAGGUCCAAGGUCAAGGUUACACUUGGCAGUUUAAAGUCAAAUAGUUGAACCUUGUGUGUACUCUGUAACUGCUGGGAAGAUUUUCAUAAAAUAAGAAUUAACUACAGGUGAUUUUGAGAAAAGUGCAUGUCUCCCACAACUGCCCAAUGAAAAAUGACUAAUUUCUCCUAGAUGGUCUAGACGAAUGGAUCCUAUCAGUAAUUCAAGGGCCAUAAUUCAAAAGUGCCUAAGCCGAUUUGGCUAGUUAUCGAACUUGGCUGAGGUCUUAUGGUCAAACACAUUUUGUUCAAGUUUGGUGAAGGUCGGAUGAGAAAUGUUCGACUUAGAGUGUGGAUAAGCUUUGUGACAGUGCUGCCCAAUGAAAAAUGACUAGUUUCUCUGGAUGGUCUAGACGAAUGGAUCCCAUCAGUAAUUCAAGGGCCAUAAUUCAAGAUCCGAUGAGAAAUGUUCGACUUAGAGUGUGAACAAGCUUUGUGACAGACAGAUAGACAGACAGGAGUAAAUCAAUAUGUCUCCCACAUCACUGUGUGGUGGGAGACAUAAUUAUUUACCUCUUCUAAGAUGAUAUGCAGACCACACAACCAAGGUCAAGGUCACCGAGGGUCAGAUAGUUUGAAUUUGCGGCCACUCCAUAUCUUGUUACCGAUAACUGCAAAGAUUUUCAUAAAACUAACAUCAUUUGUUUACUUAACCAAGGUGGCAUGCAAAGCACACAACCCAGGUCACUAGGUCCAAGGUCAAGGUCAAAUGUUAAACAAAAUUUGUUUUCUCCGCUAUAUCUUCCAAAUGACUAAAAUAAAUUCAGUAAAAUUAGCAUCAUCUGUUAACCUCAUCAAGACAACAUUCUGAGUGCACAACCAAGGUCUGAUAUUUCCAAGGUCACACUUUUUGCAAGAGUAAAAGUGGAUUCACAAAACAAGAGAAAA